CUGUUCGCUUUUCACUUUGUUGUCUAUUAUAUCCGAUUUAUACAUCUCUAUUCAUCUUUCAAAAUGAAACAAAUUAUUGUGUUUUUCGAAGCGGAUUCAACUGUGUCUAGACUCACGCCUAAUGCGUGUUUUAGGCACGAAGAAAGCAGCAAGAAAGAAGAAAAAGAAUUUCAAGCUGGGGAAAGAAUUUUUGUAAAAUGGCGCGUCGGGCAUAAAAUUGAAAACUUUGACGCCGUUAUUUUAGGCGUGUUUGAUACUGUUGCAGUGGCCGAAAAAUUCCUCAGUAAAGUCAGAAAACCGGUACAAGAUUAUUUAAGCAGAUACGAGCCGAUUGAUGGACUGUAUAGUUAUAUAAAAUCCCUAUCACCGAGUAAAACAGCACCAUCAAAGGACAGUAAUGAUGUGGAGGAUAUUAACCCUUUACAAAAACAACCAAGGAAAAGAAAAGUAAAGGCGCCGGAAAUUGAAGAUACUGAUAGUGAUGACUAUGUAGAUAGUAUCCUGGCCAUGAGACGGCAGUCAUCGUUUAUAGUCGAUGAAACACCAGCAUCAGCUGCAGCCAACGAAAAACCAUCAGCUGCAGCCAACGAAAAUCCAUCAGCUGCAGCCAACGAUAGAUCAGUCAAUAAUAUAAACAUUCCGUCAACAAAUCGUUUCAUCGCGACAUCACCCAUCCAUCAUCAAAGUCCCAAUACGUUCAGCCAUUCUUCAUCACCAGUAGCAUCAUCCUCGUAUAACCACAACAAUGAUUACAGUAACUAUGACGGCAGUUUUUGUCAGCUGCUUAAUAGCACUGCCAACACACUCUAUGGUGAUACGACAUAUCAACCAACACAAGAUGACAGAAUAAGACAGCUAGAGGAAUCUGUCCGAUUAUUAACAGAAAGAGUAGUGUACCUGGAGUCCAGAAAUGAUUUUGGUGACAUUUCGACAGCAGGAGCUAAAACAUUUUCGAAAGGACCAGAUCCACUCUUUAAUGGCAAAACAAAGGAAGAGUUGAAAGAUAUGAUUAGGGAUCUACCUAUGACGAAAGGUGUUAAAGUCCUGUUUGAAACGGUUCUCACUAAGGAGGAUGUCUUGAAUUGCAGCCUUGGUGGAGGUGGUGGCGCGAAAAAUGAAAAGAGACCCCCAAUCAGCAAAGAAAAGAAAAUUGUUUUAGAUGAAGUAUUAUCGACUGUCUACAGCAGCGCCAAAACCGGGGAACUGGGAACAAAGAUGAGAGAUAGACUGAAGCUGUUACGUCUCAUGUAUAAAUAGGAAGAAUAAAAACUUUUCAAGUAAAAUUUAGUUUUUUGAAUGUACAUAAUUAUC